AUUUCAAUUAACCUUUAGAAUUUUCCAAAAUUGAUAAAUAAAAUUAGCUAAAAAAAUAGAUCAUCAAAAUCAUUUUUUUAUCAAGUAAAUAAUAAUGUCUAAAUACCGUCUAAUAAAAUACUAAAUGACGUCGUUUUUUUUACGGGAAAAACAUGAAGAGCUAACGAGUGAUGGAAGAACAUGCUUCUGAUCUUCCGAACAAAGAUUCUUUCCAACAAGAACUGUGCAGCUUCUUGCACCACUCAUCUUUCCGAACGAUUUGGAACAAGUUGCGAGGCUUCUCCUUCGCCAUGCGGACCAAAGAGCACGGCUUUAGAUUCUGUUACUUACACGAAACUCGUUCAGACAGCCGCCAAAUCGGGUUCCAUGGUUCUGGGAAAACUCGCCCAUGCCCGUAUGAUCAAGACAUCUUUCAAUCCGUGCCUGUUCUUGCUCAACAAUAUGCUCAACAUGUACAGCAAGUGUGGGGAACUGGGCUUCGCACGCUACCUGCUCGACGGAAUGCCUCAGAGAAAUAUAAUCUCGUUCAAUUCUCUGAUUUCUGGGUACACCCAGAUGGGUUAUCACGAUCGUGUUUUCCCUAUAACGCUGUUCUUCAAUCAAUCAUUGAUGUCCACGAUAACCGAUGAAUCUGUAAUUGAAACCUUUGAACUCUUCAUGGAAAUGCAAAGGCGGGGACUGAAACCAUCAGCAUCGACACUUUCAACCAUGCUAAAAGCUUGUAAUGUGGUGAAAGCAUUGGAGUAUGGAAAGCAAAUCCAUGCCCUUGUAUGUAAGAACAACUUUCAGGCUGAUGAGUUUAUUGGAAGUGCUCUAAUCGAGUUGUAUGCUCUGUUGGGUUCAACGGAAGACGGGAUGAAAUGUUUUGGUUCAACAUCAAGGCGAGAUAUUGCCUCGUGGACAUCAAUGAUUGAUUGCUUCAUUCAGAACGAGCAGUUCGAAAGUGCUUGUGAUCUGUUCUGUCAACUUUUCUUGUCUGGAGUAAAACCAGAAGAGUUUACUGUUUCACUCAUGUUGAGUGCUUGUGCAGACUUUGCUGCCUCGAGAAUGGGAGAGCAGCUUCAGGGUUAUGCCAUAAGAAGUGGAAUCGAUAACUUUACCUGUGUCAAGACCUCAACCAUCUGUAUGUACGCAAAAUCGGGAAACAUGCAGUUUGCUAAUAAAAGCUUCAGAGAGGUGGUGAAUCCCGACAUUGCGACAUACUCUGCUAUGAUUUGUAGCCUUGCACAGCAUGGGCUUGGCAAUGAUGCAUUAGACCUCUUCAAGUCAAUGCCAAACCAUGGGCUCAAACCAAACCACCAGACGUUUCUUGGAGUUUUAAUUGCUUGUACCCAUGGAGGACUGAUUACAGAAGGAUUGAAGCUUUUCGAAGGCAUGAAGAAGGAUUACGGGAUAAACCCAGACGAGAAGCAUUUCUCCUGCAUCGUUGACCUUCUUGGACGAGCUGGGAGAUUAUCAGAAGCCGAGAAUCUGAUCCUGAGAUCGGGUUUUCAAGACCAUCCUGUGAUGUGGAGGGCAUUGCUGAGUUCUUGCAGGGUUUACAAGAACAGCGUUAUAGGGAAACGAGUAGCGGAAAGGUUGAUCGAUCUUGAACCAGAUGCCUCUGGAACAUAUGUAUUGCUGUAUAACAUCUACAAUGAAGCUGGGAUCGAAUCUUCAGCUGAGGAAGUGAGGGAACUGAUGAGGGGACGAGGGGUUAAGAAAGAACCGGGCAUGAGCUGGAUUGAGAUAGGCAGCGAGCUUCAUUCUUUCAUGGUCGGAGACUGGUCCCACGGGUCGAGCCAGAUGAUCUACACAAGUUUGGAACGGCUGUUUGAGAACAUGAACUCGACUGGUUUUGAAGAUGAAACUUCUGUGUAUGCUUAUUCUUUGACUUGAAAGAUAAGUUGUCCUGGUCGUGUAUUGGUUGUUUUUAUGAAACUUCUUCACAAAUUCUUUUCAUUCUAUGUGCGUAUAUAUAUUUGUAUGUAUAUUGGACCAAAGAAAUUCAUGUGAAACUUGUUCCAGUUA